GAAGUGCGGGCGGAGGAGCCGGAGCCGGAGCCGGAGCCCGAGACUGAGCCCCAGCCGGGAGCAGGUCUCGGGGGGCGGGCUCCGGGUUGUGGGAACUGCUGGGCCUGGCAGCGAUGGCGACUCUGUGGGGAGGCUUUCUACGGCUUGGCUCCUUGCUCAGCCUUUCCUGCCUGGCGCUCUCAGUGCUGCUGCUGGUGCAGCUGUCAGACGCCGCCAAGAACUUCGAGGAUGUCCGAUGUAAAUGUAUCUGUCCUCCCUAUAAAGAUAAUUCUGGGCAUAUUUAUAAUAAGAACAUAUCCCAAAAAGAUUGCGAUUGCCUUCAUGUUGUGGAUCCCAUGCCCGUGCGCGGGCCUGAUGUAGAAGCAUACUGUCUACGCUGUGAAUGCAAGUACGAGGAAAGAAGCUCUGUUACGAUCAAGGUUACCAUUAUAAUUUAUCUCUCCAUUUUGGGCCUUCUACUUCUGUACAUGGUAUAUCUUACCCUUGUUGAGCCCAUACUGAAGAGACGCCUGUUUGGACACUCACAAUUGAUACAGAGCGAUGAUGAUGUUGGGGAUCACCAGCCUUUUGCAAAUGCCCACGAUGUGCUAGCCCGCUCCCGCAGUCGAGCCAAUGUGCUGAAUAAGGUAGAGUAUGCCCAGCAGCGCUGGAAGCUUCAAGUUCAAGAGCAGCGAAAAUCCGUCUUUGACCGUCAUGUUGUCCUCAGCUAAUUGGAAAUCAUACUGCAGGUGAUUAGAAAGAAAUAAGGCAGACAACUGAAAAAAAAUUGACUGAGUAUUCCUGGGUUUUGUUUUAAUACCCUGUUGAUUUCACCAACUCUUGCUGGGAAAUUCAGCAUUGGAAACAAAAAUGUGCUUGGUAUUUUCUUUUCUUGUUAAGGUAUUAAUACAGACAUUUUUAAAAGCACACACCUCAAAGUCAACCAAUAAACCUUUUUCCUAUUUGUGACUUUUACUAAUAAAAAAUAAGUCUGCCUGUAAAUUAUCUUGAAGUCCUUUACCUGGAACAAACACUGUCUUUUUCACCACACAGUUUUAACUUGGUUUUCAAGAUAAUUUUCAGGUGUUGUUGUUUUGUUUUGUUCUGUUUUGUUUUUCUGGCAGGGGCGGGGAGGGAUGUGUGGGAAGUGGUUAGCUUAACUUUUCUCAAGUCACUUUACUAAACACACUUUUGUAAAUAGACUUAACAUUCUAUUUUCAAGUUUCAUUUAUAUUUUGCAGUGUAGCCAACCUCAUCAAAGCCCUGAAUUACCCAUUUGAAUUUUGCACUGACUAUAUUAUCUAGGUAUCUGGUUCGCCUGUGGCUGCACUUCAUGGUAAAAUGGAUCUGAAAUACCUGGUGGCUCUUCAUAAAAUGCAGAUUUUCCUCAUGUACUGUGAUGUCCGAUGCAAUGCAUCCUAGGACAAACUAGCAAUUUGCUAGUUUACUCUAAUGACUAAACAUAGUCUGGUGUGUGUGGUCUUUCUCAUCUUCUUCUAGUAUCUUUAAGGAUGAAUCCUAAGAACUUGGACACUUGCAAUAAAGGAAUUUUCUUUUACCCCAAGCCUCUCUGGAUUGGUGACAUACACACCUUUGUCAACAUUUCCGGUCAGGUGGAGAGGCAGCUGUUUGAGCUCUAGUGUGUUCUGGGGUUCUGGGGGCCUCCUUCUGAAACGUGUAACAGUUAUUGGAUAACUGGCUUUUUUCUUUGGACGUCCUCUUUGGAAUGUAACAAUAAAAAUAAUUUUUGAAACACU